AUAAGACCGGCCGGCAGCCAGGCCACUAGCAAUUUUCACAUUUGUGCCAAGAAAGGAAAACUUGUCAUCUCCCUUGAGUUGAGCGGUUGAGCCUGAGCAAGCAAGCAGCCAGCAGCCUGUCCUCGAUCAUAUGGCUCAGCAUGCAGAAGGUGGUGCUCCGGGUCCCGGCCAUGACCGACGACAAGACGAAGCAGAAAGCCAUGGAAGCCGUCGCAGACAUCUACGGCAUCGAUUCGAUCGCAGCAGACCUCAAGGACAACAAGAUGACGGUGAUCGGCGACAUGGACACCGUGGCCAUCGCCAAGAAACUGAAGAAGCUGGGCAAGAUCGACAUCGUCUCGGUCGGCCCCGCCAAGGAGGAGAAGAAGCCGGAUCAGAAGAAGGAAGCAGAGAAGAAGGAUGAGACCAAGAAGCCGGCGGAGGGGGAGAAGAAGGACAAGAAGUGAAACGUGCUCGGUCUGAACGAACAAGGAAGGAAGACAACGGAAUAUACUAUAUAUAAUCACGUAAGUAAACCCGGCCCGGCGCCGAAAAUCUUGACAUUUCUCUCUCAGCUGAGACCUGAGAGCAGUGAGAGCUGCUGUUCUGUCCCCAUUGCCGAAUCGCUUUGUGUACCGUACUGCUACGCCCAAGAAAUCGAGACGUUUACGCAUC